CUGCUCCCCAGGUAAACAAAAAAAUGGUCUACAUACAUUUUCCUGCGAAUUUGACUGAAGAAGAAGAAAUGUUGAAACUAAAGUAUGCCCGUUUAAGGAAAAAGAAAAAGCAACUGCAAGCGCUUAAGACCAUAAAACCAGAGAGGGAACCUGUGAAAGAAAAACCAGUGAAGCGCCCAUCAGAGUCUGCAGAAGAUGCCAAGGAGCAGGCUAAGAAACUGGUCAUGUCAGGGGCCAUCAAGCUCAGUGACAAGAAAGAGAAGCAAGGAUUCAAGCGUUCCAGAAAUUUUGAAAAGAAACUACAGGACCCUGAGAAGACCCCCCAGCCUAUGGUUGCAUUCACACCAUUCGCGGCUACCCAGGGAGAAGAACGGGAGGAGCGAGAAGAGAGGCCUGCAAGGCCCAGAGGAGCCCAGGUGCGAGGGCUGUAUGACAGUUUUGUGAAGGGAGACCGGGAACCAAGGCCAGAUAGGGAGGUGGGUCGUGAGGAAAGAGAGGAGAGGUUCCGAGAAAGACGACCAGUCAGGGAGAGGGAGCCUCUGCCAAAGAAAGGUAAUACGGUAUACGUCCAUGGUAUGGGUGUGAGCGAGGAAACUCUCCGGAAAACUUUCUCCAACUUUGGCAAGAUAGUGAACGUAUCUAUGGAGAAAGAGAGGAAUUGUGGAUUUAUAACUUUUGAGAAUAUGGACUCAGCUGACAUUGCAAUUCAAGAGGGUGGUGGGGCGAUGGUUGAGGGUAUCCAGUUGAAGGUUUCCAUGGCCCGUCGCCAACCCUCCUUUGAUGCAGCUACCAGCGACCAGUCUACCACCUCAUGGGCAGCCAUAGCGGCCAGCACUUCACAGAAGGGUGUCUUCAAGGACAAGAGAGAUGUCGUGGCAUAUGAAGAUGACAUGUUUUGAAGUGUUGUCCUCACUGGAUAAAUAUUCCGCAAACAUUCAAUAUACAUGUACCACCUGAAUAUGAUUCAAAAGAAGUUUAUUGUCAAGUAUAAGAGAAAUCUUGUGACCUAAGGAAAUGACAUGUUCUGAAAAGUGGUGCUUAUUGCUUAAUGAACCUAAAAAGAAUGUCCAAACUAAUUACGGUAUGGCUUAAGCAAUAUUCUUGAGUAUUGUAAGGCCCAUAACUCAGGUUUCGAGAAAAAAUGACAUGUUCUGAAAAGUGGUGCUUAUUGCUUAAUGAACCUAGAAAGAAUGCCCAAACUAAUUACAGUAUUGCUUAAGCAAUUUUCUUGAGUAUUGUAAGGCCCAUAACUCUGGAGUUAAUAGCUGUUAAGUUAUGCCCCUUGUUCAAAUGAAAAAAAAACCCACAGCUCUGCUACACUCUUGUUGAAGCUAAGUCAUCAUGCAUUUCUUUGUCCAGGUUUACCAUGUGACAAGCAUUCUCGUACACCAAAGUGGUGAUGCUAUGCGACAACAUUAGCAUUAUUGAAUCGCUGAUGAAUAAGAAUGGUGCCUAGUAAAUAUCUCCAUUUGUUUAACAUUCACGAAUAUUUAUAACAUGGUGGUUCGGCCUCAUGUCAAAUCUGAUUAAAGAACCAUCAAACCAAUGUCCCUUGCCAAGCAGGACUAUGACGUUUUACAGAUUACAUGAUUGCUUUAGUUCUACAGAUCGGGAAAGAGCAAUUGCAACUUUGGCAUCUCCUGGAUACUUCGUUGAGGGGGUUUCUUUGAAUGAUUUUAGUACAGACAUGUACAAUAUGCUCUUUCUUAAUGUAACUGAUAUGAAAUAAAUGUGAAACAAAGAA